AUGUGGGCGCUCACUCCCUCUGUAUUCGCGAAUAUUCAUUGGAAUCAGUCUCCGUUGCGAUAUCUUGGAGUACCUCUCGAUAACUUCCGUAAUAGUGGACCUCAUUGGACGUCCACGAUUACCACUAUCCGUCGAAAGGUGACAACCUGGCAAGGACGUGAUCUCUCCAUUUUUGCGAGAGCUAAGGCAUGCAAUACAUUUCUCGCUUCUAAGCUUCUUUAUGUUCGGCAGGUCUUGCACUGCUCACGUGUCCAUGUCCAGGCAUUUCAUAGAGUAUUUGCAUGUUUUAUUUGUCAUUCAUCAUGGGAAGCCAUGAGAAGGGACAACCUUUUUCUCCCGCUUGAAAAGGGAGGCCUGGGUCUUGUGCAUUUGUUUGUGCGACAAUUGGUCAUGCGCUUAUUUUACCUUAAAAAUGUCCGUCAUCCAUUCUUUCUCGCAGUUAAUCGAGCACGUCUUGCGUCACACCUCCCUUUUCUUUUUGUCACGACAAACUUUGCUCAGGAACUACCGUUAUGGGGCUUCUUAAAGGAACUUGUCGACACUAUUUCAUUCUUAAAAGCCAGAUUCAACCUUGAAUAUUUGUUUACCGUUAAUCGCACGUACCUAAAUGUAGCACUUAUAGAUAAACUUUUCCCUGAACUUCUGUACCGAAAGCCGUAUCUGUCUCUAUUUGGUCAAGAUGUUCUUUGCCGUGUCCGUAGAAUGUGCAUAGCGCCAGCAGCGAAAACGUUUUUCUUUAAGCUGCACACCUCCACACUGCCAGUUAAAACGUGGCUUCAGGAAAAAGGACUGUAUGUAGCUUGGAAUACAAAUUGUAGGCUUUGCAAUCAACCCGAGACAAUAGAACAUUGCUUUAUACUUUGUCGUGACGCAUUUCUUUUUUGGGACAUUUUACAAAGAACUAUCAAAAAAACCAUUCCUCUCACAUGUUACGGUAUCCGGUUCCUUCCGUUCAAAAAGACAGCCAGUAAUACACCAUAUGAUUUGUUUAUGUUAUUAGGACUUUAUUCAUUAUGGAGAAGUCGAAUGAUCGACAGACAUGCCGAGCCACCUCGCUCGACAAGGUCUAUCUUCCGAGAAGAGACUGCUCAAGUCCGUAGUGUGGUGGCUACAUAUGAUCCCGUCCCUGAAUGGAUUUCACGUCUGGACGCUUGUGUUUGUUUGCCAGAAUUUUGAACUGUCAUUGGACUGUAUACUAUCUGUGAAUUUGUUUCUCUUGUAUGUUCAUAUGUAAUGUAACUGCAUUGGUUUGACAACACCGAUAAUUCCAUGCAAUAAAGAAAAAAAAAAGUUAGGAGUGGUGCAGUGAUAAGAUGCCGGUUUCGGAAUCGUGAGGUCGUAAGUUUGAAUCCUCGGCGGGGACGUUUUUUUUUUUAAAUUUUUUUUUUAACUUUUAUAUAUUUCUUUUCUGUGCUAACAAAUUUACAUAACCUUAAGGAGGUCUCUGUCAAUUUUUAAUUAAAUAUUGAUCAAGAGCUACAGAACUCUCUACUACAGGACGUCACACUACAGACAACAGAACUACAGGCAACAGUACUACAGACAACACAACUACAGAAACAACGUCCCAAAAUACGAGAGACUGAAAUUUCCUGUUGUGUUUUUCAACUGGGCAGUUAACAGUAAAUAUAGAAAUUAACACUACACAAAACACACUUAACGGUGAUCAAGUAAUCAGAGUUCAAAAGAAAACAAAUGAUGGCAUAUACGCAUGGCCGCGCAGCAGCAGCAAGUCCAUUGAGCGUGGAGUCGACGGCAGAGCUUUCCGAAGAACGCUGGCAAGCCGAUCUCGUUGCGGUGGAUGUCAUUUCUGGGCUGGGUUUCCCGAGAGUCUAGGUCUGACGUCGUCCCUCGAGCAGGUUGAGCUAACUUUACCGUGAGCUUCGUUGCAGACGUUGGUUUGUCGUCUCUUACGCCAACUGGUAACUCGCAGUUCAGACGCGGCUAAGCGGGCCAGUCGAUACUGAACGGUACUAGCACUUUGACGCUUCUCAGCAGAUUGUAGGCUCAGCAUCUAGACUGCCUAGCCUGGUCUAAAACCUGCGUUUAAAUAACUUCUGUUUUCCCUAGUUCCCUGUGUUGCGGAACGGCAGAUAUUGGUGACGAUCCAAUCAAGUUCACCCAGUUGUAUCCCGGCUCCUCCCAAGGUCUUGGCCGCGUCCCUUUUAAUUUGGGGCGAGGGAACGGGUGAUUCCCCCCUGCUUUUAGAGGACACGCACUUGUAUUGCACCACACACGCACACCCUUGAGUCCGUGGCGGGCGUCUAUUGUUCGUUCACAAGCACGGGCGAAACGUCGGCAGCCAGCCAUACGGCGCUGUCGGCACACAUACACUGUCAGCACUUCGUAGACAAUGAAUUGCACAGACACACCGCAUAUUUCGGAGUAUUCACACCCGUGCUUUCUUAGCAAGCUUCUCAAUGCACGCGCGGGGCAGAGAUACAGAGGGAU